UCUUCAUAUCUAAAAUUGAGAACAAAUCUCAACACCAAACACCUGUCCACCAGGUAUACAAACACUUACAUUCCUUUUUUUUCUUUUUAGAACUCCAUUAAGCCCAAAAAUAAAAAACUGAAUAUUGAGAUAGUUCUUUAGAAUGGCCUUGGGGAACUGUUUGCAGGUGAGUACAACAAGAGUUGGUGGUGCUGUACAAUGCCAUAUUCGUACAUUUUCUUCAAGGGAAAAGCUUAAUUUACCAAGUUUCAACAAAGGUUUGAAGAAAUCUGCUUUGUCUUUCCCUUCUUUGGGUUAUUCUAAAACCACAUCCAGGAAAUCCCUCUUCGUUUGCCAAGCUCGUGAAGCUCUAAAUACAGUUCAAGUGGUGACAGAAUCAAGUUGGAACAACCUUGUGAUUGCAAGUGAGAAUCCAGUUUUGGUGGAGUUUUGGGCACCAUGGUGUGGACCAUGUCGGAUGAUUGCGCCGGUGAUCGACGAGCUGGCCAAAGAGUACUCCGGCAAGAUUGAUUGCUUCAAGCUCAACACUGAUGAUAGCCCCAACAUUGCCACACAAUAUGGAAUAAGAAGCAUCCCAACAGUGCUGUUUUUCAAGAAUGGUGAGAAGAAAGAGAGUGUCAUUGGAGCAGUGCCUAAGUCCACCUUAUCUGCUACCAUUGACAAAUAUGUAGAGCAGUGAAAACACCCCAAAACAUUUUAGUACAACCACAACCAGUGUAUGUAUGUAACAAACACAAACAUCAAUAAUUAUUCUCAACCUGUCUUUGUGCUUAUAUUUUUCUUUUUUAAGAAAAAAAGUAUAAAUACAUAUUCAUUGUUAUUA